CCAUGAUAGAAUAACUAUGAACAUUCUUUGAUAAUGUUUUAGUGUUUUUCACGUGCCUUGCAUGUUCAUCAAAACUAGUAGUAUUAAAAAGAUCAGUGGGAGUUUCUUGUAAUUUUACCUAAAAGGAGCACUAAAAUUUCAGUCCUCUUUCAUUACUUCCAAAUUUCUAGCUCCUCUCCAAACUCUCUCCUCAAUCUUCUCUUUCUCUCUUCAUUUGCGAAUUUCAGAUUGGAUUUUUGCUCACUCCGAUUCAACGCAUUUCCAAAACUACGCAAGUCAGAUCUAUUUUUUCUAAUGGCUUUAAUGGACAUGGAAACAAACUCAUCAACUUUCCCAAGUUCUUCUACUGCCCGAUGGAAGUAUGAUGUCUUUCUUAGUUUCAGAGGCGAGGACACCUGCUACAAGUUUAUGGGUCAUCUAUAUGAUGCUUUGACAUGGAAAGGCAUUAUCACCUAUAAGGACAAUGAAAAACUUGAGAGAGGAAAAGCCAUUUCAACAGAGCUUUUGAAAGCAAUUGAAGAAUCGAAAUUUGCUAUCCUCAUUCUCUCAGAAAACUAUGCAUCUUCAACUUGGUGCUUAGAUGAACUUGCAAAGAUCAUUAGCUGCAAAAAAGAGAUGGGAAUGAUAGUUCUGCCUAUUUUUCACUAUGUGGAACCAUCCGAUAUACGGAAACAAAUGGGAACUUUUGCACAGGCAUUUGUUAAACAUGAAGAAAAGGAGAGCAAAGAGAGGGUGGAGAAAUGGAGAGAUGCUUUGACACAAGCGGGCAACCUUCGCGGAUGGCAUUUAAAGGAUUAUUGGUCUGAGAUAGAAGACAUCAAAGACAUCGUAGGAUGGAUAUUGCUUCACUUGAAAUAUGAUGCAUUCCCAUACAUUACCAAGGACCUAGUAGGAAUAUACUCUCGAAUGGUGGAAUUUGAGUCGUAUUUAGCUAUAGGG